AUGCGGCAGAAGGCGGUAUCGCUCGUCUUGUGCUACCUGCUACUCAACACCUGCGGCUGCGAGGAGACAGACGAAAGGGACUCCGGGUUCUGGGGCACGCUGACCUGCAUGGCCGUCGGAGGAGGGCUCAUGGCCAUGGCGCUGCCCGCGCUGGGCUUCACGAGCACAGGUAUCGCCGCCAACUCGGUGGCUGCCUCGCUGAUGAGCUGGUCGGCCGUGGCGAACGGGGGCGGAGUGCCCGCCGGGGGGCUGGUGGCCACGCUGCAGAGCCUGGGGGCUAGCGGUGGCAGUGCCCUCAUGGCCAAGAUUGGGGCCCUUCUGGGCUAUACUGUCCACAAGCAAAUCGAAAGCAGAGGGAAGGAGAGAGCGGAUGAGGAGUAG